AGACACGGAGGAGGAGACAUGAGCCGGCGGGCGCCCAGACGGAGCGGCCGUGACGCGUUCGCACUGCAGCCGCGCGCCCCAGCCUCGGAGCGCUGACCCCGGCCCCGCCGGCCCCGCCAGCCUCGCGCCUUGGCCGCGGGGCCCCAGCCGCAACCCCAGCGGUGCAUGCUGUCCCUGGACUGAGCCGGCAGCCCGUGUCCUGCGAACGCCCAGACGGCCCUCUCGCCCGCCUCGGACCAGCUUCUCCGCACCGGCCGGGCGCCUCCCGCACCGCGGUCGCCCCGCAGCCCCCGCGCCGGCUCGGAGAGCGCAGCGCUCGGGAGGAGCCGCGCGGGGCGCUGAUGCCGCAGGGCGCGCCGCGGAGCGCCCCGGAGCAGCAGAGUCUGCAGCAGCAGCAGCCGGCGAGGAGAGAGCAGCAGCAGCGGCGGCGGCGGCGGCGGCGGCGGCGGAGGCGCCCGGUCCCGGCCGCGCGGAGCGGACAUGUGCAGGCUGGGCUAGGAGCCGCCGCCUCCCCCCCGCCCCGCGAUGUAUUCAGCGCCCUCCGCCUGCACUUGCCUGUGUUUACACUUUCUACUGCUGUGCUUCCAGGUUCAGGUGUUGGCGGCCCAGGAGAACGUGGACUUCCGCAUCCAUGUGGAGAACCAGACGCGGGCUCGCGAUGAUGUGAGCCGGAAGCAGCUGCGCUUGUACCAGCUCUACAGUAGGACCAGUGGGAAGCACAUUCAAGUCUUGGGCCGUAGGAUCAGUGCCCGUGGCGAGGACGGGGACAAGUAUGCCCAGCUCCUAGUGGAGACAGAUACCUUCGGGAGUCAAGUCCGGAUCAAGGGCAAGGAGACUGAGUUCUACCUGUGCAUGAACCGAAAAGGCAAGCUCGUGGGGAAGCCUGAUGGUACCAGCAAGGAGUGUGUGUUCAUUGAGAAGGUUCUGGAAAACAACUACACAGCCCUGAUGUCAGCCAAGUACUCAGGCUGGUACGUGGGCUUCACCAAGAAGGGGAGGCCUCGCAAGGGUCCCAAGACCCGGGAGAACCAGCAAGAUGUGCACUUCAUGAAGCGUUACCCCAAGGGACAGGCCGAGCUGCAGAAGCCCUUCAAGUAUACCACCGUCACCAAGCGUUCCCGGCGGAUCCGCCCCACUCACCCCGGCUAGGUCCGGCCACACUCAUCCCUAGAGAACUACAUCAGAGGAAUAUUUUUACACGAAAAAUAAGGAAGAAUCUCUAUUUUUGUACAUUGUGUUUAAAAGAAGACAAAAACUGAACCUAAAGUCUUGGGGGGGCCGGGGCGAUAGGAUUCUACCAUUGACCUGAACCCCAUGACAAAGGACUCACGAAAGGGGACUGCUGUCAACCCACAGGUGCUUGCCUCUCUCUAGGGCGUGACAACUCAAAACUCAUCCCCAGAGGAGGACUUGAAUGAGAAAACUGACGCAGCGAGAAACCAAAGUCCUUUUCCCCAAAGGUUCUGAAAGCAAA